AUGAGUAAUUGGAACCAAGGCACGCGUAACGACGACCGUAAUGACGACAAACCGCCCUACUCGAGGGUAUUUGUGGUAUGUAAUAAACAAUUGCGAGUUGAAGACUUGAGAUCAGCUUUUGAAUCAUUUGGCUGCAUAGAAGACAUCCACAUGCCGAAAGACCGAAGUACAGGGGAAUCAAAAGGCAUAGCGUACAUAAAAUAUAGCCAAACGUCCUCAGCAGCUCUUGCUAUUAAAGAAAUGCACUUAAAAACGAUACAAAACAGCAGCAAGCCGGUGAGAGUUAUGGUAGCGACACACAAGAAUGAUAAUCAUAGCACAAAUGAUGAGAAGUAUAAGAGACUUUUCAUAAAGGUUCACAAAGAAAUAACAGAGAGUGAAAUAAGAGAACAUUUUUCACAGUUUGGUUAUGUAGACUCUGUGCACCUUCAGAAGGAUAAGUUAACUGAGGAGUGCAGAGGGUUUGCUUAUGUUCAUUAUAAAACAUUUUUUGAUGCAGCUAAGGCAUUUGAGGGAUGUGACAAAAAGUAUAAAGCUAUAUUUGCAACUCCCAAAGAUGAAUUGAAAAGAACUAGAAACAGCAUUGAAAAUUUUGCAGAUAGUUUUCAUUCUAGUAACUCGAGUUUAAUCAAGGACAACUAUAGUGAUCAUUACAAUCAAGCAAAAGAUGAUGUUAAAAGGGACAACUUAAGUUCACUAAUUAAGACUAGACCUCUAGACUAUGAUACAAUCAGUGUUACCUGCAGUCCACAAGUAUCCCAGAAAUGUAUUCAAAGACUUUUCAACAUUGUACCAGGCAUGACACAAUGCAAAUAUACAUCUGACUCAUAUAAUGGCUUAUGUAAGGCUAUAGUUACUUAUGAAACGGAAAAAGCUGCAGCAUAUGCUGUUGAAAGAUUAAAUAACUUUGAGUUUCCUUCUGGAGAAAUAGUAUCAGUUAAACCGGACGAUAAUCCUAUACACAAGGCAGCAAAUAGCUUAACAAGUAUUUUAGUGAACAGUUUUAAGAAUGCCGGUGACUCAGGUAGUCCGGACUUACUGCAACUUGCUGACGUAAUAGCCCAAGCAUCUACUUUACUCAAAGCUGCCACAUCGGGUCGAGAGAUCAGGUCCGAGUCUCAUCAGGAGAGUUACUGUAGUGUCAGUCUUCCUCCACCACAACCCCUCGCUAACAGCAAUACCAGAGUGGCACAAAGAUGUUUCUUAGUCUUCAAGCCUGUCCCACCACCAGUCCAUAUACUAAAGGAUGCCUUCUGCCGUUUUGGUGAUCUUAUAGAUGUAUACACUUUCCCAAAUAAAACAUUUGGAUUUGUUAAAUAUGCAUCUGUAACAGCUGCUCAGGAUGCCAUUAGAACACUUCAUGGGGCCACUUUGUAUGGCAGUAAGAUGAAAGUGUUGAUAGCAGAUGAGAAACCAUCUCAAGAUGACAAGGUAGAUGAUGAGAACAGUGUAGACCACGACUCAGACAGAAAAAGAAUGAAACUGCAUGACGAAGACAAUAUGAGUUGA